UGUAAAGGAGGCAAACUAAAGAAAUGCCUUGUAAAGAAAGCAGCCUAAACUAUAAGUUUAAAGAUUAGCAGAUCAUGAUGUAAUGAAGCAUCUAGUGUCCCCAAAAGAAGACAUUCUCUAGGUAAAAUGUUAUUUUAGAUCAAGAAUGUGACGCUCAUCAUCAAGAAAUGUCCCUAUGACAAGAAAAAUAGAUCACUUAAAUCUUCCAUGACUUGCUUUUCUUGUUCUAUUUUUUAUUUUUGUGGCUCAUCUUUCUGGAAAGGCUUAUAGUUGAAGCAAAUAUUAAUGGUGGUGUCCAUACUAGUCACCUAAUAACACUCUGGCAUGCUCCAAAAGGUCUAAGCUGUCCUCUAAAGCUUCUUAGCUAUUAGCAUGUGAAUAUCUCUGUUGUCAUCAUCACCAUGGUAUUGAUGUUUUUUGGACCAUAAUUUUUCACUUUGUACAUACUAUAAUCUUUGCACUUGUCUCUGGAAAACACAAAAAAAGAGAAUCUGAAUCACAUUUUUAAUGCAGGAGUUGGAUAGUUAGAGUAUGGUAAAUGAGAUGGGGAACACAAAGUCAUCAGAAGCAGAGAAUGCUGCAGUUGACGCUCAACAAAAAGGAGAAGCUGCUGGCAAUGAAAAUGGUGUUAAAGAAGAAAACAACGUAAUUUCUGAAGGUGAAAGUAAAGAUUAUCAUGAGAAAGCUGCAGCUUUGCCUACUUAUGACCUUGAGAACUUUGAAGAUGGCAAAGCAGAUGAAUAUAAGAGAGAGACACAGCAUAAGCAUCCUUUUCCAUGUACAGGAUUUCAAACAGCUGCAAAUGAUUUAGUGAGUGAAAUCACUAAUAUUGAAACACAUAAUUUUGAUCAACCUCUGGAGUCAGUUUUGGAGGGGAAGGAUGAUCCUCAUGACCAACCAUGUAACCAGAAAGGUGAGGCAGAAGGAAGUUUACCUCAUGAUGAAGUUUUAAAUACUGAUCCAGGUGAAUCCUCAAGUGUUGCCAAUGAGACAGUAGAAGAAUGCAUCAUAUCAUCAUCACUUGAGGAACAAGAAACAACAAAGAAUGGAAGAUCAGACCAAAAUGAAGAUAAAACUCAGCUGAUCAACUCUGAACUUGCACUUGCAGAUAAGGGAAUUGUUUCUGAUACUGAUGAUCAAAGAGACGAUUCCUUGGUGAGAGAAAUGGCUGCCUCAGCAGAUGGAUCAAAUGAGGAAAAACAUGAGCUUAUGAGUGCUGAAAAUCAGGUUGAAAAUGGUUUCUCAAAUGGAGGUGAUUGGGAUGAAAUUCCUAAAGUGGAGUCCAGUCAAAUCGAUGCUACAGUUUCACUGUUGACAGAUAUUCCACUGAGUACUCCAUCGAGUUCGUUGGCAGCAGUUAUUGAGCCAGAAGACAAAUGUGCGGUUCAUACUCCAGAGAGUAAAUUGAUAUCAAACGAAUCGGAUAAUGCUGUAAAGGAAUGCGAUCUGAAGAAAACUGAGUCAUGUAUGCAGGCAGUGCAUGAAAUGCAGAUUGACAACGUAGCUUCUUCAAUUGAAUCACACCCCAAAGAGGCUACAGAGGAAAAACUAUCAGGAAACAACACUAGUACUGAUAUUGUAAUGGAUUAUUCAAUUAAGGAGGAUGACAUAAACGUUCGACCUGAUAUUCUUCAUUAUGAUCACACGCCACCAGUAGAAAUGGGACUGCACCCUACAAAAUUCUUUGGAACAGCUACUAAUCAUGAAGAAGAGAGCUCAACAGAAAAUGGUCUUCUUUAUAAAGCAAAGGGAGGAGUUGAGAAGUAUAGUAGAAAGGAAAUAAUGGAGAAGUGCAUAUUGCAGUUGGGGUCAUCAAAACUGGAAAAUGGUGUCGAUAUCGCAUAUGCAGAAGGAAGAAUGCAGGGGUUUGAGUCGGUUGAGGAUAAAAAAGAAUGCAAUGCAGCCUUGACAGAACAGAAUAGCUGUGAAUUUGUUAUCACUGAGGACUCUGGUGUUUUUGAACUCAAGACAUCAGAAAAAGGGAUAACGAAAAUUGCAGCUUUUCCUGAGUCAGGAAUUGCACAGAAUGUUCAGCCAAGUCUUGAAGCAUUAGCAUUUUCCAAUGAAAAAUGUGCCGAUGAUCAAAUGGUGCCAAGUUUUCAUGAUGAAACUCUUUCCAAAGCAACAGAGAGUAUUGGAAGGUUAAGCCUCGAAUCGAUCCCAGAUAAAUCAAACGAUGGAAUUGAGCUUCGAAAGUCGCCAAGCUUUGAUUUUGGUGUCCCUUUUCAUAGAAGAUCUUUAGAAUCAGAUCAAACUCCACUUCUCUGUCCUGAGAAGAUUCCUACAAGAAGCUCAUCAGUUAGCUCCAAUGCAAAGUUCUCAAACUCAUUAGACUACGGGUCAGUAGCAGUCGAAGAGAAGACUAUUAGAAUGGAAAGAAGUGAUUCUGAAGCUCCUCUUUUAGGCUUGUUGAAGAAUGGAGAAAAUGGUGAUCCGAAGGUUACACCUGAAACACAGCAGAACCAUGUUGCUGUUAUGAAAGGAGAGGAAUUGCAGACUUCACAAGCAAAGGAAACUUCUCUAACUUCACCAAAGGGGAGCGGAAAACGCAGGGCCAGACCAUCUUUCUUCAGCACUUGCAUAUGCUGCACAGCAGCCACUCAUUAUUGAACAGACUCAAAAAGAUAUUUGUUUUGUGUUUUGAUUCUUUUUCAUAAUUGAUUGGUUUUUCACCAUAUUAAAGGUAUUUUCAUGUGGCAUUUUUCAUCACAAUGGAGUGUUGAGAGCAUGCAUAAUCUGUAAGAUACUGAAAAAAGGGUGUGAGAGUGAGCUAGCCUGAAUGUCUGAGUGAUGAUUAUAAGUUAUACUUGCCGUUUUGUUUUUCCUCUUUUG